GGACAAACCCUAACCAACAUCCCCACGCCAAGGUGAAGCAACACAGAGAGAAAGAGAAAAUGUAAUAAACUCACCAAAGUCGAUGGGGAAAAUGAGCAUCCACUUUUUGGGGAGAGGUUUGGUGAAAUGUCUGGCUCAGCUCAUCCCCUCCUUUCCGAUUGAAUUAAGCGGACCAAAUCCCCUACUCACUCCACCAUCUUUACUCCUUCUCCCCAUUAUAUAUCUGCACAUUCCCAUGCCCCCAUCCAUUCAUGUACCAAAACCAAAACGCACACACGCACACCUCUCUCUCUCUCCAAUGGCAAUUUCUAGCUUUGAAAUUAAUGCAUGCAUAGUCUACAUUUUAUGCUGGGUUGCGCCAAUCUUUGCAACAGUUUACACAGUCGGAGACGCGAGCGGUUGGACUAGUGGCUAUGAUUACAGCACUUGGACCACCAGCAAGACCUUUGCGGUUGGCGAUAGUUUAGUGUUCAACUACGGGAGCAGCCACACGGUGCAGGAAGUGAGCCAGACCGAUUACACCGCUUGCAAUACAAACAACGCCAUUAACUCGUACACCAGUGGCCCCACCACCAUCGCCCUUAAGACUGCCGGGACCCAGUACUUCAUCUGCGGCGUAAUCGGACACUGUAGCUCCGGGAUGAAGGUCGCCAUCACCGUCGGGGCCUCAGCGCCGGCGUCGCCGUCGGGAACGCCGUCAGGACCCUCCACCACCACCACCCCAUCGCCGCCGACAACCACCGGUUCCGGCAGGACUCCGUCCUCGGCGGUUCCGCAAUCUUCUUCGGUGACUCGGCCGUCUCCAUUUGCAGCUGCGUUAACAAUCACUUGGAUUGGAUUUUUAAAGAUGAUUUUGUCGUAAUCUGGCCAGGAUAGAGGCAGUGCUGUCCCCGAUUGAUCGAUCGAUCUGUUGAUGUGAUGAAUGAGUAGGUUAUUUGCGAUGAAGAAUAUUAGGAGUUUGUGAUGUUCAUCUGCUCGUGGUUCGUGAUUGGGAUUCAAAUGCCGUUUCUGUUUCUUUUUUCUUUUUUCUUUUUUUUUAAUAUCUAAAAUUUUAAAUUUAAGUCUCAAAUUUUAUGUUUUCAAUCAUACAUAAUGUGAACGAAUCUGAUCGUACAGCAGUUGGGUUUAUAGAGAUCUACAAAAAGAUGUACUUGAUUUUUUUUUAACUUUUACAUAAAGAAACUAAGAACUUAGAAUGCA